AAAAUUUAAGAAAUGAUAUAUUUUUUAUGAUUUUACGAAAUACAUAAAUAAUGAUAAUUAAUGUUCAAAUCUGGUAUUUUUUUAUAUGAAAAUAAUUAAUUUGGGAUGAUGAUAUUCUAUUCAAAUGCCAUUAACGGAAUUUAUACUUUUAUCCUAUCAACAAGAUAAAUCCCAUUAACCAUAAAUCUCGUCAGAUGUUGCCCAUCCAAAUUAUUCUCAACAUUUUUUCAUAUUAUUUUCUACGUUCGAGGAUAUUCGCACUACAUAUAUCAGAACAUUGUGAUACAGCGCUAGGUAUGGAAUCGGAAGGCAUCCCGAACGAAUGGCUUUCGGCGAGUUCUUCCCACGAUGCCGAAAGUGUGGGGCCUCAUAACGGGAGACUUAACCUAGACCGUGAUGGUGGAGCCUGGUGCCCAGCCGAUGGUCCCUUAAAUUCGCCCGAUUCCUUCUCAUCCCAACAAUUUUUACAGAUAAAUCUUCCGCACCCUCAUACCAUAACGGCCGUGGAGACGCAAGGCCGAUUUGGAAAUGGCAAUGGCCAAGAGUUUGUCGAGCAAUUUAAAUUAGUUUACGCUAUAACGUAUCCCGAUGGGAGUAGAAAGGGUGAAGAGAGCUGGAUAAUGUACAAGGAUAGCGCAGGAAACACGAUUUUGAAUGGAAACAAUGACACUCAAACUAUUCGCAAAACCAGAUUAUCGCCACCAAUCACGGCUAAUAAAAUACGGUUCAUCCCAUAUAAUUUGAACCCUCGGACCGUAUGCAUGAGGGUCGAGAUAAGGGGUUGUCCAUUUACAGAUGGCAUAAUACCAUCCACAUCCGAAGCCAACCCAACAUUUGAAUCUAACAUUUCGGGGAAUCUGAAUAACGAUGGGAAAAACCACAAAAUAUUGAUCAUAAUUUUGACCUGCGCAUUAUUAUUUUUCGUCAUAAAUCUCUCGUUUAUUCAGGUUCGUCGUUGUUACGUUAAACAAAAAUUUGCCCCUAAAAAAGUUCUCUACAAGUUCAAAGCCAUCCCCUCUAUCCCCACAUUCACUCCCUCCUCUCAUUCAACCAGCAAUAAUGUUUCCAAUCUGCCUCCCCCUCCACUCAUCGAUAAGCACGUCGAUAAUAGAGGGCAUAAUACAAAUCAACUUCAAGAUAAACCCUUGGCUAACGAAGCACUUCUCGUCCAAAAUCACCCAACCCUGAGACGCAUAUUGUAUCCCCAAGCAAGUUCUGCUUCUCCUGCUUCAUUGACUCUUUCUAACCCUAGGGGACUGGUAGCCGACCUCUGUUGUUUCGACAACCAUACUUUUGUUCCAUCCCCUUACCUUGACGUCAAAAAUGGGGCGGGAUCUGGAAGACAUCAACAAGCUUACCCUAGAAUAUGCGCAGACUCAUCCGGAUCUUCACCGUCGGCUACCACGCGCUCCUCUUCCAACUCAACCGUUUCCACUUCCGCAACCUCAAAGGUUGAUAGCGGAACCGAUUCGCGCGGGAAAAGAGAAGAAACGAUGACUAAGAAAAUCCCCUUAAUGGGAUUACACGCCGUCGAUGAUAAGAUUGAUAAUCUUACAACCAUCAACCCGUACGCGUGCGUAGAUCUUUUGCAGCAAAACAAUUUUUGCUCUUCCAAAUCUAUUACGUCUUCUAUACCCGCAAUUCCUAAAGAAUCAAUAACAUUAUUCGAAAAUUGGACAUGACCUUAAGGGAGGUGAAGUAGUUCACGAUGUUUUAUGUUAGCUGACUAUCAAAUAUUAUUGACUUCAUUUCAUUAAAAUUUAAUUAUCACAUUAUGUUUACAAUUUUAUGUUAAAUGAUGCAUUGUUGUUAACAUAUCUCGCGAUGGAGAAAUUAUCAAUUA